GGUGAGUCAGAAAAUCAGUCAGUAUCUGGUUUACCCACCAUUUUUCUGAUGCUGUGAAACAUGUUUAUUGCAAAGGUGUGGUUUAGGUUAGCCUUAAAAAAAAAGACCACUCGAAAAUGCGCAGUUUUGACGUAUGGGGGGGAGGUUGGUAGCAGCCUAGUGGUGCAUCGAGAUACGAGUUACCCGACUUACGAGUUUUUCGAGAUACGAGCCGUCAUUCAGCCGAUUUUGUGCUUUGACUUGUGAGCGUAAACUUGAAAUAUGAGCGCUCUGUGGUGGCAGUGAACUCACCUUAACUCACUUCACAAAGCAGCACUUUGACAAAUAGAGAAAAUUCUUCAAAAAAGAGGCUUCAAUCUGUUUCCACACCCAGUUGAAGUUUACUGUCAAACUAAACAGAAAAGACACACACAUUGAAUUUUAGCAAUGAAAACAAUUGCUGGCAUUGUAGAAAAAAAUAUGUAUUGUACUAGCACUGAAAAACAAGUUCUUUAUUCUCCAUUAUGAACAAAUAGUCAAUGAUUUAAGAUACUUACAAACUCUUCUAGAAAGUUGCAUCAAGGCACGUCUCGGUCUGUAAUUUGUGCUUUUUCGGUUAAAAAGUGCGAGAAGUUAAUGAUAAGCAGCCUCAGGUAUUUAACAGGAUCCCUUCAGGCUGCAUGUACUGUAUCUGUAAAUGUGCAUGCAACUGAGGACCCCAUGGAAACCGUGCUGCAGCAGCUGACGCGUGGAAAUGCUCUUUUUCUCAUCUUAAUUUUGGGAAUUGGAGGAAGCUUUCAGUCAGGAUACCACAUCACCGGCCUGAGUUCUCCCUCUCCGUUCAUUCAGCGCUUCAUCAACAACACCUGGUAUGAGAGAUACGCGGUGCCGCCAGCCGGACACACUGUCACCAUUAUCUGGUCCCUCAUAGUAUCCAUGUAUGCCGUGGGGGGAAUAUUUGGUGCUGUCAGUAUCAAGUGCUUCUCGGGCCUGCUGGGAAGAAAAAAGGCGGUUAUCUGCAACAGCUGUAUUGCCAUUGCUGCAGCCGGGAUCAUGCUGACAAGUAAAUGGGCCAAGUCUUACGAAAUGAUCAUUGUAGCGAGAAUACUAUCUGGCUACUCAUCAGUGUUUCCUCAGAGGGAGCCCUCUGCACCGGGAGCUGUGGUGGGCCGUGGCCUUGGUCCUGUCUCAUGGGGUCCCCGAUUGCAGUGUGUGCACGCUCCUGCUGCGCUGCCGUACUGGAGGCUCCAUGAUGGACUCAGUCACAAAGGACUUUGCCUGUGGCCGCGGCCUGUGAUCUGGUCCUGGGGCAGACGGCUCCGUGAGCAUCCAUGUUUCCUCACAUGGAUGCUACCCAGCCUCAGGUCCUUAGCCCUAGGAAUGAGCACCCAUCUAAUGUACCUUGGCGAGAUUUCACCCAGAAAGAUAAGAGGCGUUGUCACCGUGUCCUCAGUGACCUUUAAGUCCCUUGGCAAACUGUCUGCUCAGUUUCUUGGUCUCAGUGAGAUCCUAGGCUGCGAAGAGCUGUGGAACGUGGUCCUUUGUGUGCCUGCGUGUCUUUCGGUGGUCCAGGUGUUGGUGAUGCCGUAUCUUCCCGAAGCGCCCAGAUAUCUGUUUAUCGAGAAACGAGAUGAUAAAGCAUGCAAAAAUGCUCUGCAGAGUCUGUGGGGCCAAGGUGACUUCAAGCAGGAGAUGGAGGAAAUGUUGAGUGAGCAGGCAACUAUGGAAGCUGUCCCUGCAAAAAGCCCUCUGCUGCUUCUUCGGGAUCGGACAGUCCGAUGGCAGCUUAUCACCAUGUCCACCAUCUACUGCUGUAACCAGUUAUCAGGCAUGGCCAUGAUCAGCACUUUUGCUUUUGACAUCUUUCGGAGUACGGGGAUCCCAACAGAUCAAAUUCGCUACAUGACGAUCGGGCUCGGAAUAACUGAAAUUAUCACCUCCAUCUCUUGUGGUUUGUUGAUUGAGCAUGCAGGAAGGAGGCCACUGUUCUGGGGGGGUUAUGGCAUCAUGUCUGCAUGCUGGCUGUUAGUUACUGUUGUGCUCAACUUGAAGGGUUCUAGUUCUUGGGCUCCAUACGUUACUACUGUUUUGAUCAUCCUCUUCAUCAUCUUCUUCUGUGGAGGGCCUGGGGGAGCAUCAGGUACUCUCAACAGUGAGAUCUUCAUUCAGUCCAAUCGUGUGGCUGCCUUUGUCCUCUUCGGGGUUCAGAGUUGGUUCGUAUUAGCCGUGCUGGGCCUGGUCUUUCCCAUUCUCAUUGAUGCGCUCGAGUCGUACUGCUUUGUGAUUUUUGCUUGCAUGUGCCUGCUGGGUUGUGUUUACGUCUUCUUCUUCCUGCCCGAAACCAAAGGGAAGACACUGCUGGAGAUCACAGACGAGUUCGAAGCCAUCACCAUCUGUGGAAAGUCUUUUCGAGAAGAAAACCGACUGGAGACUAAGUUAUAGGACAUACACUCAUGGUGGCAGUGUUAAUGCAGAUGAACAUGGAAUGUAAUAUAAAUGCAUUAGCUAAUUAAAAAAAACACAAGUGUCCUGUAAAAAAAAUACCUAAAUGCUGUACUUGAGUAAAAGUACAGGUAUCUAAACAGAAAAUAACUUUGGUAUCAGUUAAAGUCACCUUGCUGAAUAUUACUUGAGUAAUAUAUCUUUUUAAAGGAAGUGUAUGUAAUGUUUUUACAAGCAACAUUAACAAGCUAGUAAAUCUCUGACAAUCUGAGAAUAGCUGUGAAAUGUUAUCACACAGAGAUAGCAAAUGGCAUGACACAGUACAGCAAAUGUCCACAAGACCUCUUUGGUAAAGAAGCAUUUUACCAUGUCCGUCUCAAAAUAGCAACAGUCCGCACGUAAAUGCAUCACAUAAUAUUAGCAAAGAAAAUACUGCAUAAACCAAACAGUACAUCGCUCAUAUAUCCAAUAACAAAUACGUACUGACUUUAAUGCAUGCACAACACUUGAGAAUACGUUCUUUAACUGCUAUCUCAAUUUGACUCACAGCAGAAAAAGAAAAGGAGCCAGGAAGGGGAUGCACCCGAGGACCCCUGUAUUCAUGAGCAAAUGUAUUGUAAACACUAGAUACAUAUAUACAUACAUACAUACAUACAUAAACAGGGCGGCAUGUUGGACAACUGGUUAGCACAUCUGCCUCACAAUUCUGAGGACCUGGGUUCAAAUCCGGCCUCGCCUGUGUGGAGUUUGUUUUUUGUUCUCCCCGUGCCUGCGUGGGUUUUCUCCGGGUACUCCGGUUUCCUCCCGCAUCCCAAAAACAUGCUUACCUGAAGAAUGUGAGUGCGAAUGGUUGUUUGUCUAUAUGUGUCCUGCGAUUGGCUGGCGACCAGUUCGGGGUGUACCCCGCCUCCUGCUCGAUGAUAGCUGGGAUAGGCCCAGUCAGCUGAGAUAGGCGCCAGCAUGCCUGCGAUCCGCGUGAGGAUAAGCGGUACGGAAAAUGGUUGGAAUAAACAAACAAACAAACAAACAAACAAAUAAAUAAAUUAAUUAAUAACUAUUUGAAAAACACUAACCAACCUGCUGUGCAGGAAGGCAGUAGCCCAAGAGAGGGUGCUGUUGUUCAUCUUUUUUUCUAAAACGUACUGUGGGAUACAGAAGUUUAAAAUGUACAGUUAAACUAAGUGGUUUAGUUGCGAAAUGACGGUGCAGAAAUAAUGGCGUGCGUCUCACAGUCCUCACUGUAAGACUUAAUUGUUUUCAUUAGUUUUUCUGAAAUGUAUAAUGUUUGUGAUUUUUUGUUUAUUUUAACCAUGCAAAGUACUUUGUGAGCCCUCUCUGUGAAAAGUGCUACAUAAAAAAAAAUUACUUGAUUACGUA